AUGAACAAGCUCCUGCUCAUCUUCGUGAUCGCCGUCAUUACCAUGGCUACUGCUCAAUGGGGCGGUGGUGGCCCAUACGGAGGAGGACCAUACGGAGGAGGACCAUACGGAGGAGGAGCAUACGGAGGACGUGGAUACGGAGGAUACGGACCGUACGGACGUGGAGGAUACGGAGGCGGAUACGGACGCGGAGGAUACGGAUACGGACCUCGUGAGUCCCUCUGAUCCCUCUCAAUUCUGAAUAACCAUUCAUUUCAGGCUACGGAUACGGCCCAGGACUUCUCGGAGCCCUCGUCGGAUAA